CAGAGCCCUUUGCUCUUCCUUUCUCCUUUAGGUGAUCUGGUGCCAGCCGGUGGAACAGUGGGUGAUGGCGUCCCUGCUGCAAGACCGGCUGACCACUGAUCAGGACUUGCUGCUGAUGCAGGAAGGCAUGCUGAUGCGCAAGGUGAGGUCCAAAAGCUGGAAGAAGCUAAGAUACUUCAGACUUCAGAAUGACGGCAUGACAGUCUGGCAUGCACGGCAGGCCAGGGGCAGUGCCAAGCCCAGCUUCUCAAUCUCUGAUGUGGAGACAAUACGUAAUGGCCAUGAUUCCGAGUUGCUGCGUAGCCUGACAGAGGAGCUUCCCCUGGAGCAGGGCUUCACCGUUGUCUUCCACAGCCGCCGCUCCAACCUGGACCUGGUGGCCAACAGUGUUGAGGAGGCCCAGAUAUGGAUGCGAGGGCUCCACCUGUUGGUGGAUCUUGUCACCAGCAUGGACCAUCAGGAGCGCCUGGACCAAUGGCUGAGUGACUGGUUUCAACGUGGAGACAAAAAUCAGGAUGGUAAGAUGAGUUUCCAAGAAGUUCAGCGGUUAUUGCACCUAAUGAAUGUGGAAAUGGACCAAGAAUAUGCCUUCAGUCUUUUUCAGGCAGCAGACACGUCCCAGUCUGGGACUCUGGAAGGAGAAGAAUUUGUACAGUUCUAUAAGGCAUUGACUAAACGUGCUGAGGUGCAAGAACUAUUUGAAAGUUUUUCAGCUGAUGGGCAGAAGCUGACUCUGCUGGAAUUUUUGGAUUUCCUCCGAGAGGAGCAGAAGGAGAGAGACUGCACCUCCGAGCUUGCUCUGGAACUCAUUGACCGCUAUGAACCUUCAGACAGUGGCAAACUGCGGCAUGUGCUGAGCAUGGAUGGCUUCCUCAGCUACCUCUGCUCUAAGGAUGGAGACAUCUUCAACCCAGCCUGCCUCCCCAUCUAUCAGGAUAUGACUCAACCCCUGAACCACUACUUCAUCUGCUCCUCUCAUAACACCUACCUAGUGGGGGACCAGCUUUGUGGCCAGAGCAGCGUCGAGGGAUAUAUACGGGCCCUGAAGCGGGGGUGCCGCUGCGUGGAGGUGGAUGUAUGGGAUGGACCUAGUGGGGAACCUGUCGUUUACCACGGACACACCCUGACCUCCCGCAUCCUGUUCAAAGAUGUCGUGGCCACAGUAGCACAGUAUGCCUUCCAGACGUCAGACUACCCAGUCAUCUUGUCCCUGGAAACCCACUGCAGCUGGGAGCAGCAACAGACCAUGGCCCGCCAUCUGACUGAGAUCCUGGGGGAGCAGCUGCUGAGCACCACCUUGGAUGGGGUGCUGCCCACUCAGCUGCCCUCACCUGAGGAGCUUCGGAGGAAGAUCCUGGUGAAGGGGAAGAAGUUAACACUUGAGGAAGACCUGGAAUAUGAGGAAGAGGAAGUAGAGCCUGAGCUGGAGGGUGAGCAUGAGUCAGAGUUGGCGCUGGAGUCCCAGUUUGAGACUGAGACCGAGCCUGAGCCUGAGCCCCAGGAGCAGAACCUUCAGAUUAAGGACAAAAAGAAGAAAUCCAAGAACAUCUUGUGUCCAGCCCUCUCUUCCCUGGUUAUCUACUUGAAGUCUGUCUCAUUCCGCAGCUUCACACAUUCAAAGGAGCACUACCACUUCUAUGAGAUAUCAUCUUUCUCUGAAACCAAGGCCAAGCGCCUCAUCAAGGAGGCUGGCAAUGAGUUUGUGCAGCACAAUACUUGGCAGUUAAGCCGUGUGUAUCCCAGUGGCCUGAGGACCGACUCUUCCAACUACAACCCCCAGGAACUCUGGAAUGCAGGCUGCCAGAUGGUGGCCAUGAAUAUGCAGACUGCAGGGCUUGAAAUGGACAUCUGUGAUGGGCAUUUCCGCCAGAAUGGCGGCUGUGGCUAUGUGCUGAAGCCAGACUUCCUGCGUGAUAACCAAAGUUCCUUCCACCCCGAGAGACCCAUCAGCCCUUUCAAGGCCCAGACUCUCUUAAUCCAGGUGAUCAGUGGUCAGCAACUCCCCAAACUCAACAAGACCAAAGAGGGGUCCAUUGUGGAUCCACUGGUGAAAGUGCAGAUCUUUGGUGUCCGUCUAGACACAGCACGGCAGGAGACCAACUAUGUGGAGAACAAUGGUUUUAAUCCAUACUGGGGGCAGACACUGUGUUUCCGGGUGCUGGUGCCUGAACUUGCCAUGCUGCGUUUUGUGGUAAUGGAUUAUGACUGGAAAUCCCGAAAUGACUUUAUUGGUCAGUACACCCUGCCUUGGACCUGCAUGCAACAAGGUUACCGCCACAUUCACCUGCUGUCCAAAGAUGGCAUCAGCCUCUGCCCAGCUUCCAUCUUUGUGUAUAUCUGCAUCCGAGAAGGUCUGGAGGGGGAUGAGUCCUGAGGUGGGCACUUCACGGGAAGGGUUUGUGUGCUGGCUUUAGAUGG